AUGAUGGAUAAAGAGUGGGUGUGGCUUCCUAGAUCUAGUUCAGAGUAUGAGCAAAGAGCAUUACAUUUUGUGAAGACGGCUGAAAAGAAUUUGGGAUAUCCUGCAAUGAUUCUUUGCCCUUGCAAAGAUUGCCGUAAUGUAAGCCAUCAAGAUAGUACUACUGUUUUUGAACAUUUGGUUACAAAGGGGAUGGAUUCCAAGUACAAGAAAAGAUCACAUUGGACAAAACAUGGAGAUCAGAUAGUAAAUGCUGAAAGUGUUGAUCAUGAAACCGCCAAGGAUGAGGCAUCUAACUUAUAUAGAGCUUCCUACUUUAUGGAUGAAGAUUCUGUCCAGCCUACAAACUUUAUGGAUGAAGCUACUGUACAGAGGCAAGAUGAUCAAUUCAUGAAGAACCUAGAAGAUGCAGAAACUCCUUUAUACCCAGGUUGUCCCAAUUACACAAAGUUGUCAGCCAUUGUAACUUUAUAUCGACUCAAAAGCAAGAGUGGAUUGUCUGAUACCCAUUUCAAUGAGCUUUUAGAGACUAUUCAUGGCAUGUUACUGAAGGACAAUAUUCUGUUGCAGUCGUUGUACUCGAUUAAAAAGUUCCUCAAGAUAUUUGACAUAGGAUUUGAAAAGAUUCACGCUUGCGAGAAUGAUGGUUGUCUUUUCAGAAAAGAGUAUAAGGACUUGGACAAUUGUCCAAAAUGUGGUGCUUCAAGAUGGAAGAAAAACAAGCGUACUAAGGAGAUCAGAAAAGGUGUUCCAGUUAAGGUUCUGAGAUAUUUUCCUAUCAUUCCGAGAUUUAGAAGGAUGUUCAGGUCUGCACAAAUGGCAGAAGAUUUAAGGUGGCAUUUCAGUAACAAAAGCACUGAUGGAAAAAUGCGUCACCCUGUAGAUUCUUUAGCUUGGGACAUGGUUAAUGAUAAAUGGCCUUCAUUUGCAGCUAAUCCACGCAAUCUCAGACUUGGACUUGCUACUGAUGGUUUUAACCCUUUCUCCAUCUUAAGCUUCAAGUAUAGUUGUUGGCCACAACCCGGAAACGACAUAGAUAUUUAUCUACAACCACUUGUAGAAGAUUUGCAAUUGUUAUGGCUGAAUGCGGUGGAGGCUUAUGAUGCAUUCAGUAAAUCAACUUUCAAUUUGAAGGCAAUGUUGAUGUGGACCAUAAAUGACUUUCCAGCCUAUGGAAAUCUUGCUGGAUGUUGUACAAAAGGCAAAAAAGCAUGUCCUAUAUGUGGAAAAAAUACACAUCACAGAUGGUUACGCUUCAGCAAGAAAUUUGCAUACAUGGGUCACAGGAAGUUUCUUACACCCUCACAUCCAUAUCGAAGAAAGAAAUCUUGGUUUGAUAAUAGUGUGGAACAUGGUAGUAAGACUAGAAUUUUAACAGGACGAAACAUUUCUCUUGCUCUUAAAGAUUUUCCAAAUGACUUUGGAAAAGGUGGGAUCAAAAAAUGGAAAAGGAAUAAUAAUGAAGAUGACAUGCACCAGUGA